UUCAUUCCGCGAUGGCUGACACGGGGAAGAAAAAUGUUCUCGUCAUUGGAGGUGGUGCCGUCGGCGCCAUUGCGGCACUGAACCUUGAAAUCGGUGGCCUCGCAACCGUCACCGUAGUCCUCCGCUCAAACUUCAAAGCAGUCAGUGAAGCCGGAUACUCGAUCGAAUCGUGCGACCAUGGAACAUUCCAAGGAUGGAAGCCAAGUCAUGUCCGAAAUAAAGUCCCAGACAUCACCAGGGAAACUCUCCCUCCCUACGACUACGUCGUUCUCACCACUAAGAACAUCCCCGAUAUUCCCCCUACAAUAUCCUCGCUCAUCAGCCCCGCCCUCCCUACUGAAAACACACACACCACUCUCGUCCUAAUUCAAAACGGUCUUAAUAUCGAAAAACCGAUCCUCCAAUCACACCCUCAUACCCCGGUCAUCUCAGGUGUUUCACUCAUCGGUAGCGCUGAAACAGACCCGGGCACAAUCAUUCAGGAUGAUAAAGACAGGUUGUUCAUUGGGGCGUUCAGAAACCCUCACAUCCCCUUCGAUUUGGAAAGUAGCAAAGCGAGAGAGUUCGUCAAAAUAUACUCAGCGGGUGGGAAAACGGACUGCGCGUACUCGGAGAAUGUGUUGUACGAUCGGUGGCGGAAACUUGUGUAUAAUGCCUGCUUGAAUCCGAUUUGUGCGAUUACGGGACUGGAUACCGGUAGGAUUCGCCUUGCGGGUGGAGGGAUCGAGGGGUUGGUUAGGCCGGCUAUGAAGGAGAUUGUAGAAGCUGCAGCGAAAAAGGGAGUGUUGUUGGGAGAGGAGGUUGUGGGGUUCAUGAUUGAGGUGGAUCCGUUGGAGAUUUAUUUGGCGCCGAGUAUGCUGGCGGAUGUGCGAAAGGGCAACUUCAUUGAGUUCGAGAAUCUUCUUGGGGAGCCGUUGAGGGAGGGGAAGGCGGCCGGCGUUCCGAUGCCCACGCUUGAGGUCUUGUAUAACAUUUGCAAGACGAUUCAGUGGCGGACUAAGGAAGCGAGGGGCUUAGUGGAAAUUCCCCCCAAGAGGAACCUUGGAACCCAGUAACGUAGUAAGCGUGAUUUCGCGCGUGUCACGGUGGUAGCCGGUGGGCUUUGAUUAUUACAAUUCAUUUCCCCUAACGAGGUUUCAUCGUAUUGCUCUCUUCGUUUAAUUAAGACCUUUUGUGAAGCUAGGAGGAGCACCAGAGGCAUGAG